AAAAGCGGCACGGCCCCGGCGGCAGCCACCGAUCCCGCAUCAGUUUCUUCGGGCAGAGGCAUGGCAGAGCGCGGCACCGGGAGCAGAGCAGCGUGGCUGGGGGCCGGGCGCUGGGCGCUGCUGGCCGCGCUCUGCCUCCUGCUGCCACCCGCAUGGGCACUGCCACCGCCCGCCCGCAGCCUGACCGAGGGACUCAGCCGCUCCCGGGCGCUGCUGGCUGCUGCCAGCGACGCGCUCCUGCAGGUGCAGAAACAGGGCACGCUGGGAUUUGAAUGCACCCUUGAAGAGGUCGACCUCGAAGAUGUCACAAGCAGUCGAAUCAACACAAUAAAAUCCUGCACAUCUGAGGAUCCAGGGCCUGGAAACUGUCCAGUACUGGAAAGUUCUACUUUAGAUAUGAGCAAAUGCCUGCGGGGGAUCUACGAGGACCUAAAAACCUACAAGGCAGAGCUGGGGAGCUUCAAGGACCGGAGGGUGCUGACAUCCAUUGACGAAAUGAUGCAGGCCCUGCAGCCCCACAGCCCGGCCUCGACGCAGCCCUUGCCCAGCACCCCGCUCGGCUCCUUCCAGGCCCGCAUGCGGCUCUGCGGGGCCCUGCACGCCUUCUGCCUGCGCGCCGCCACCAUCAGCAGGAUGCUGGGCUACAUGAGCGCCCUCGCCGCAGAGACAUAAGGAGAAAACACGGCAGCACGGACGCCCUGCAAGGUGCCUGGGGACCAAGCACGUCCUGCUGUACAGAGUUACUUAUGAACCACGUUCUGCUGUCAGUGCCUUUUCAAGCUAGCGCAGCCAGCUUCUAGAUCUGGGGACGGUACGCUGUAUGGGAUGAGAACGUUCUCAGAGCGCCGAACGCUCAGCUGUUACUUGUCUUCAGUGUCUUAUUUAUUCGAUUGGAAGUUUCUGAAAUGGAUAUUUAUAAUGAUCCUGAUGUAUUUAUGACGAUGUUCCUUAUUUAUUCUAUUUAUUGCCUAAUAAAAUUGAAGUUGACACAAAAGCCGCAGUGGCCUUUUUUUGUUGUUCCCGGAGAUACGGCAUACCUCAAGGAACACAAGGUAUUAGAUUCCGUCCUACUAAUAGGACAGAAUCACACUGAUCAGACUUCUAACGUACUUUCUAUUCACAGAAUCAUUAAGGUUGGUAGAUCCCCAGCCCACCCCACCAUGCCCACUGCCCACAGCCCUCAGUGCCACGUCCCCGUGGCUCUGAACACCUCCAGGGACAGCGCUUGGCCACUCUUCAGAGCAGAAAAGUUUCCUAAUACCCAA